CCGGAAGUGAUAUACGUCUUUUCCCAUUUACCACACUCGCUUGUUAGUAAACAGCCUCGAUGGUACUAAUACUUCGAUUAUACGCCUGUGUGUCAGUUAACAAGUAGUUAUGACGAACACGGAAGACGGAAGUCGCCGGUUUUACACCUGCAACUGUUUCACCACUGACAAUAUCUACCUGGACGACUACAAACUGCACGUCCGCUUUGUGUCCGAGCAGCAAUUCAGACUGGACCACCAACCGCUUCUUCGACAGCGUGGCUGCGUGACGGAUCAACAGUUUGAGGAGGUGCUCCACCAGAUUUCACAGGAAGUGGACAGGCGGAGGCGUCUCAGUGUGACUUCUGCGGAGAGGGCCCUUGCUAUUAAAGACAUGUACCAGCCUCUCCGUCCUCAUGUCUACCAUCUGCAGGAGUCCUUCCUCGCACCAAAGUUUAAGCAAAUUGUUGAUUAUUGUCGAAGCUGCGACGUGAGUGAAGAAGGUCUCGGAGAUAUGUUGAAGGGAGAGGCCGCUGCAAGGGUUUAUCGCUUCCCGGUGUUUGACAAAAGCUUCUGUGAGGACCUGGUGGAGGAGCUGGAGCACUUUGAGCAUUCCUCCGCCCCGAAAGGAAGACCCAACACCAUGAACCAUUAUGGGAUCCUCCUCAAUGAACUGGGUUUUGACGAGGGCUUCAUCACACCCCUGCGUGAGCUCUACCUGCAGCCGCUCACCUCCCUUCUGUUCCCGGACUGCGGAGGACGCUGUCUGGACAGCCACAAAGCCUUUGUCGUUAAAUAUGACAUGACCGAAGACCUGGACCUGAGCUACCAUUACGACAAUGCAGAGGUCACCCUGAAUGUUUCCCUGGGCAAGGACUUCACAGAGGGAAACCUUUAUUUUGGUGACAUGAGACAGGUGCCUUUAAGUGAGAUGGAGUGUUCAGAGGUUCAACACAAGGUGACCGAGGGUCUCCUCCACCGGGGCCAACACAUGCACGGGGCCCUGCCCAUCUCCUCCGGCCAGCGCUGGAACCUCAUCAUCUGGAUGAGAGCUUCACAGGAACGCAACAAACUGUGCCCCAUGUGCAACGGGAGGCCGGCGCUGGUGGAAGGGGAGGGCUUCGCCGACGGGUUUACCAAACACUCGGACGCUCCGUUGAACUCUUUUUGUGUGUUGACGUGACGCUGCUAUUGACUUUUGCUAGUAACACUACAGGAUUUGAAAUAAGCCACUUUGAAAUUCUUAAUUUAAAAAAUGUCUAAUCAUUUUUGAAAAAUGAUUUGUUUGUCAAUGUUGUGGAGUAAAUGAAAAUGGCACAUUUUGAUGGUGUUCCAAAUUGGAAUAAUAUUGAUAUUUAUUAUUUGUACUAUUGAUAAUGGUUCUCUGUAAGUAUUACUCCAAUAUUAAUCAAAAGUCCAUUCCGGUCAAGCCCCUUUGUUCAUAAACAGUUUGAUUGUACUACACAAUUGUGCCUAAGAAUACAUAAUGGGAGAUACACGAUUCUGAA